AUGACGAAGGCGUUAGUGUGUAUCAAGCGUGUUGUUGACUACGCAGUGAAAGUUAGAGUUAUGGCGACCAAGGCUGGCGUUGAUCUUGCCAAUGUUAAGCACAGCGUGAAUCCCUUCUGUGAGAUAGCUGUUGAGGAAGCACUCCGAAUGAAGGAGGCUGGUCACCUAUCUGAGGUCGUGGCCGUCUGUGCUGGUACUGACAAGGCCACAGAACAACUCCGUCAAGCGUUGGCGAUGGGGUGUGAUCGGGCGACUCAUCUGCGGACUGACCAGGAGCUUCCACCUCUGUUGGUUGCUAAGUUGAUCGAGAAGAUUGUUGAGAAAGAAGAUCCAUUAUUGGUGUUGAUGGGCAAGCAGGCUAUAGAUGGCGAUAUGGGACAAACGUGUCAGUUGUUGGCUGGGAUGUUAGGCUGGCCACAGGCUACUUGCGCCAGCAAAGUUGUUGUAUCUGAUGACAAUACAGAGUUGACGGUCGAUCGGGAAGUCGAUACUGGCAUUCAGAAGGUCCACAUACCUCUACCUGCAGUCAUGUCAGCUGAUCUUAGGCUGAAUACCCCAAGAUACGCUACCCUACCAAACCUAAUGAAGGCUAAGAAGAAGCCAAUUGAAGUGAUACCAGCUGAGAGUCUAGGGGUUGACCUUAAGUCCACUUUACAGGUAACUUCAGUGGAGGAGCCACCAGCACGCAAGGCCGGCGUCAUCUUGAGUGAUGUUGAUGAGCUCAUAGACAAGCUGAAGAAUGAGGCCAAGGUCCUCUAG